GCGCACGUGGCCCUGUAGCCGCAGUCACAUGACUGUGAAUAUUUCCUGAAUUCUGUUGGUUCUCAGGAUGCGAUAAAGCGGCGCUGUAUCUAUUGAUAAAUCUUGUAAAACUGCGGUUCAGCAGCGCGAGAUUAGGCCGCAGCGUCUCCAGCACUAAUAGAGGGGGUUAAACCCAGCCUGUAGAAGCGGAGAGCCGAGCUGAGCCGAGCCCGGGAGACUCUCCUUAGCUGGGCUUGUUUACAGGGUUUGUUCGCAGCGCCGCUCGAGAACAAAAUCAAACGACGAGCUAUAAAGCCGCGGUGUGGAUUAAUAGAUCAGGGUUUAAUCUGAUACUGUUUAACCUGGUACUCUGGAGAGAUCAACGGGAGUAGUAAAAACUCGCACGGGUUUAGAAAUAAGUCCCACAGGACUGUCAGUCAGUUAACACUAGCUUAUCAGCUAAUAUCCGAGUCUCCACCACAACACAGACAUGUCAAAGUACACGAGCUUCCCGGAGCCGAGCGACGACCACAACCCCUUCCAGGACCCUUCAGUCACACAGCACAGCAGCAACACGGACUACCCAACUCUAGACCUCUACAACCCGUUCGACACCAGGACUGCUGGGCCUCCACCUCCUUAUGAUGCCACACCUCCACCGGCUCAGACUCCGCCCAGCAGAACCACUCCUACAGAACCCAGAAAUUAUGGGUCCUACGGCACGCAGCAAGCUGCAGUAAGUGCCACUACUGCGGACCUCCUGAGGAAGCAGGAGGAGCUGGAGAGGAAAGCGAAGGAGCUGGAGAGGAGGGAGAGAGAGCUAGACUCGCAGUCCCGCAGCACUGGAUCCUCUCGUCAGAAUAAUUGGCCUCCUUUGCCGUCUUUCUGCCCGGUGGGACCCUGUUUCUACCAGGACAUUAAUGUGGAGAUCAGCCAAGCAUUCCAGCGCACGGUCACCAUCAUGUACUACUUCUGGAUGUUUACGGCCUCUGUUCUGGCCUUUAACUUGAUAUCCUGCCUGUCUCUAUUCUGUGUGGAUCCCAGUGGCGGAGUGGGCCUGGGUCUGGCUAUCCUCUGGAUUCUGCUUUUUACUCCGUGUUCAUUUGUCUGUUGGUACAGGCCUGUGUACAAAGCCUUCAGGAGUGACAGUUCUUUCAACUUCUUUGCAUUCUUCUUCAUCUUCUUUGCUCAAGUGGUUGUGUAUGUCAUCAUGACCAUUGGAAUCCCAGGAUGGGGCUUCAGUGGGUGGAUAGUGGGUCUCUAUGCACUGAAGAAAAAUGUUGCGGUUGGAGUGAUCAUGCUGCUGAAUGCUGUGCUCUUCACUGCCCAGGCUGCCAUGGGAGUGGUCAUGCUGAAGAAGGUCCACUCUAUGUACAGGCAGACUGAUGCCAGUUUCCAGAAGGCCCAGGCUGAGUUUGCCACUGAAGUAUUUUCCAAUCAGACAGUGCGUCAGGCUGCUGCGAGCGCCACGGCUUCAGCAGCACAGGGGGCUUUCACAGGAGCCCGGUAGAGUAAAGGAAGAGGAGGGAGAAUUUGGGGGUGGGUAAUGGGGAAGUUGAGGAUGAAGCUGGAAAACAACAGGUACAGCCAACUGAGAAUGUGGUAAAUUCAUAUUGAUAAAAUUCAUGGUCCAGAUCUGUUUCAAACAGAUGCCUGUAGGUAUACCGAUAGACUAAGCCCUUCUUGCUUGUGUUAGAGAUAUAGAGAUAUAGUGUGUCAGAGUAAAGUUUAAUAACUGGAAACUGUCACUUUAAUAGCUUUAAUAGCCACGCUGGACUGUUAAACAUUCAACUGUUAUUUUCAAUAUACUGGGUGGACGGUUUAGGGAACUAUGUCUAUGUGAUGGUGUUUCCCUUGAUAACAUUCUUAUGGGUUAUAAAAUUCAAAUAAGCAGAUUAAACUGAUGUACCACUAUGUUAUAACAGUUUGUACCAAUUUAAUUGGCCUGGUAAUGUUGCCUGAAUGGCAGAGCUGUUCUUGGCCACAUAGAUAUGGUAAAGAGUUGUUUAAUGGCCAUAAAGCAGAUACCCUGUAUUGCUUAUGUAUUGUAAUGCCCUUUCAGUGGUUCGGGGGCAUUGGUUGUUAACCAAUAAGAAAAAGUGACGCUGUUGAUAAAAGCAUGGGAAAAGAACUACAUAUUAUCAUAAUUUAGAAUCACAGUUCAGCUCCAUGAUUAUGCCAUCAUGGUGGAUGCCACCACCGAGAUCCAGAUCAUGAGUUGAGAAAGAGCACUGAGUGUAAACUUGAGCUGAAGAGUUCACACAAACAAAUGACUACUGGUAACAGAAAUAGAUCUGCAGUGUGGAGUGUAGCCUACAGCACUCAAAUUGCAGCUAAAGGAAAUGUACCAAGAAAGACUGCGCAACUCAUAAUGUGUAAAUAUAUCAAAUAUCAUCAAUGUCAUGCUAAAAAAAAUUUGUAUCUCCAAAAUAGCAACUUUACAAAAAAAAAAAAAAAAAAAACAUUCUUUACUUUCAAGGGAAGUUUAAAUAUGGCGAUUUUCUUGUAUUUAGUCAUUUCUGAGCCUUUCAAUUGGUCCCUUCACCAUAAAAUUGGUCAAAAAUAGGAAAAAUGUGCAUAACAGCUGCCAGGUUCACAUUAUGUUAAAAGUGAAAAAGCGCAAAAACGGAGAUAUGCAAGUUUUGUGCAUGACUUUGAUGAUCAGUUUUUAAAGCUGCAUUCUGUAAAAUGUAACCAUUUUGCUAAUUAAUGACUAUACUCUAUGGCCUAAAUUAUCUUAGAGUAUACAAGUGGGGAAAAAAAAAAAACUUAACAGUGGGUUCUGGUAUUUUUUUUUCCUUUUCAAAUAAUACACUGUGCAUCUUUUACAUUUGUUAAUAAAAAACAAAUGGCCAAGUCUAACUGAAGACUGCUGGCAUUAUGCCUCGCUUCUGCAACUGACAUUUAGCCUUAUGUUUGCCAAAUGAUUUGUGAUGCUGUGCCAGAUACAGUGUCUGGUUUAAAGACCUGAAAAGUCAUUGGAAUUACUUUUUUUUUUAAAUAUGCCUUGCAUGAAAGACUUAUGUGAUUUGUGGCUACCUUUUGAAGGCAUUUCUAAAUGCCAAAGAUAAAUCCUUCAAAUACUUUUGCCAAGAAAGUGUGCCAUUUUUUUGCUUACUGUCCUUAAAGGGAUAUACAAGUAAAUUUCAUGUAGAGUCAAAUGCAAACUUUUGGGCACCUCUUCUGGAAAUUACAUUUUGUUGAUUUAUCAAACUGUAUAUAAAUGCACCAAUCCUAAAUAUCAUAUUUCUCUGCACAUUUUUAGACACAAUUACUAGUUAGUGGCUGAAUGAAAAGUGCCAUUAUGUUUGUACAUGUAGUAAAAAUCGAGUAAUUGUGCAUUCAAAUGUGUAGAAUUGUACAAUCUAGUACUUAACAGUAACAAACUGGCCUUGAUUUACCACAAUGUAGCAUAAGUGGAACUGUUCCAGACCGAUCCAGGCCACAAACAAAGCAAACUGCCAUCAGUCUAGCACCCAGGCUCCUGUUCAUAUAUUCAAGUAUAUAUUUAUGUCAACUUUAUAAGCACUAAUGUUUUCUGUCCUUUGUUAACUUCAGCAGAGAAUGCCAAUCUUAAGAUUUUGCCUAUUGCCAAAUGUAUAUCUCCAAAUAAGUAUUAUUUUGGGUGUUUUUGAUAUUGGUUGUAGCUGUAGGCUAUGUUCUUGUCUUGUUUGUCAUGCGGUUAAUUUGUUUUAAUAAAAAAUUAAUGACUAUGCCUCUAGA